AUGUCCCAACUCCUCUCUAAUUUCUUCAAAGAAACUACAAAACCCUUAACAGCUGGUCGACGUCCAUGGUCCGUUUUCCUAGACCUCACUUUGCUAAACCUUCCCUCUUCAAUCCACGACGUGACAACACGGAUAACCCAAAACGUGCUUCAUUUCUCCGUUAAUUACUCUAUAAUCGUCUUGAUAAUCCUCUCUUUAUCCCUCUUAAACCACCCUCUCGUGCUAAUCGCCUUGUUCAUCACUCUAAUUGCUUGGCUCUCUCUCUAUUUCUCUCGGGACGAGCCGCUUUGGGUUUUGGGCUAUCAAGUGAGUGAUUGGGUGGUGUUGGUUGUGCUCUUUGUGGUUGACUUUUUGAUUGUGAUUCGGGGUGGGGUUUUGCAUACUGUUGUUGUUGGUGGUGGGAUCGGUGUCGUUUUGAUGCUUUUGCAUGCUGGGUUGAGGAGUACGGAUGAUCUAGUUGCUGACGACAUUGAAACCUCGCCGUAUGCCAACUUGCUCUCUGAUGAUGAUGGUGACCAUAAUGCUCCGACUGGGGGCUUGUAG